UUUCUGCCACAAGAGUGGAAAGGAGACAGAAAAAUGGCGGACUUCUGGAAAAUCAGUCCUGGGUAUCUGCCCGAUGUCAACGUCUCACGAAAAUCCUUUGCACAAGUUAAGAUUUUCAUCUUUCUGUGUAUACUUUUGGUCGAGUCCGGGGGCGCUACUACCCACUGGGUCGUCACAGAAGAUGGAAAAAUUCAACAACAAGUCGACUCACCUUUAAAUCUCAAACACCCACAUGACCUUGUCAUCUUCAUGCGACAGGAGACCCGCGUCAACUACCUCAAAAAAUUAGAGAAGCAGCUAGUUGCUCAGAAGAUUCAUAUAGAGGAGAACGAGGACAGGGACACAGGGCUGGAGCAGAGGCACUACAAAGAGGAUGCAGACUGUGUCACGGCUAAAGUGCCCCUGGGAGAUCUGGACCUGUACGAUGGGACCUACAUCUCAUUGGAGAGCAAAGAUAUCUGCCCUGAAGAUUUUGUGGAUUCCAGGUCCCCUCUGCCCCCAGACCUGGAAAUACCAGACUGUGCCAAAGUCUUUGACCUGCCGUAUAGUAUCCAUGCCUUCCAGCACCUAAGGGGCGUGCAAGAGAGGGUGAACCUGACCUCCCCUCUCCUCUCCAAGGAAGACCCUAUCUUUGGCUCUGUUUCUCACAAGCUGGGCCACAGCAUGGAUGAGGUGGGACACAGAAUCCACCAAGGGCUUCUAAGGAACUCUUCAUCGUGGGUUUUGUACAACCUAGCAUCGUUCUACUGGCGCAUGAAGAACGAGCCAAAAAGGGCAGUGGACUGUGUGGUUCGAGCCCUGCACUUCUCUCCAAGGCAACACAAGGACAUUGCCCUGGUUAACAUGGCGAACAUCCUACACCGGGCCCACUUCUCUGCCGACGCUGCCAUCUUGGCACAUGCAGCCCUUGACCUGACCUCUGACCUCCUCACCAGCCACUACACCCUGGGCAACAUCUAUGCUAUGCUAGGGGAGUACAACCACUCGGUGCUGUGCUAUGAGCAGGCCCUGCAGGCCCAGCCUGGCUUUGAGCAGGCCCUGAGGAGGAAGCAUGCUGUGCUCUGUCAGCAGAAGCUGGAGCAGCGUCUGGAGGCUCAGCACAGGUCUCUGCAGCGCACCCUGAAUGAGCUGAAGGAGUACCAGAGGCAGCAUGACCACUACCUCCGCCAGCAGGAGGCGCUAGACAAGCACAAGCUGCUGCAGGAGGAGCAGAUAUUACGCAACAUUAUUCACGAGACUCAGAUGGCGAAGGAGGCACAGCUGGGGAACCACCAGAUGUGUCGUCUGGGCCCACAACAACGCAGUCUCUUUUGCCCCUUCGACCUACCUGUACGUUAUCACCGCGGAGACCUGUAUGAAUAUGUCCACUACAUCCAGUUCGGAGAGGAGAUGUCUGUGGCGGGCAGCGUGGCUCUGGUCUCCGAGCACGGCGCUAACGAGACGGCCAACCCCCAGCUCCAGCCCUCCGUAUCUGGAGAGCAGCAUCCCGCAGCCCUGUGGAGCCAGGACGCCUACCCUACUGAGGAUGUCCAAAGGAUGCUCUGGCCACAGAGAGCCGACUGCGCCCGCGAGUUCCCUGCAGUUCCUUUGGCACAUUUACUUCCCACUUUCUACCUCCCUCCCGAGACGCAGGGCCUUAGCCCAGUUCAGACUCUGCUCUAUGAGAGUGGUGACCCUCCUAAGACGGUGGCCGUGCCAGACUGCGGCCCCGGCCCCCAGCCUGCCCCAGCUGACCUGCCUGUCUCGGUGGGCUGGCCAAUGGAGGGCAAGGAGCUACCAGACCCCUAUUCAUUUCAGGUGCUGCUCUCUCGUAGUGGAGGCUGGAGUUUGGACCAGAUUGGUGCAAGUAUAGUGCAAGCAAUGAAACAGUCUAGCGCCCCCCACUGGCUGCUCCAGAACGAGGCUGCGUUAUUCUGGAGAGCUAAAGGCAAUGGCACUAGAGCCCUGCAGUGCUUACGCCACGCUUUAGUGUCUGCCCCGCCUCCGUACCGCCACCUUCCCCUCACCAACGCUGCUAACCUCCUCCUCCACCACAGCCUCACCGCCCACGCGUGCCCACUGCUGGUGGAGGCGCUGGCGCUCAACGCCUCCGAGCCUCACACCCUGCUCAGCCUAGCAAGCGUGCGCCUGGCCCAGGGCAACGUGACGGGCGCCCUGGGCCUGUUCCGCCACGCCCUGGCCCUCUCAUCCAUCUGCCCUCAGUGCCGGGCAAGCCUGCCCCUGCUGCGCUGCCUGCAGUUCUACCCCUUCCUCUACAACCUGCCGCAGAGGCUACCAUGCCAGCAAGGUGCCUUGUGUGUUGGGGAGGAGGACCUAGGAAUGCAGUUGGAUAAGUGGGAGCCUGAUAGCAUGGAGAAGCAGGACCCCACAGCCCAGUCUGGGUCUCUGCCUGGGUCUCUGCCUGGGGCUGCUCUGGAGGAGGCUCUUCUCUUUGAGAAGGUGGUCCUGGACAGUAACGGGUCAGGCGAGGCAGCAGGACAGCAGCGGGCUUCCCCCUCGGCCAGCGGAGCGGGGAAAGCAGGAGGAAGAGAGGGGGGUGAGGAGGAGGAGUGGCGGCUGAAGGAGGAACUGAUGGGGGCUCUGGACGUGGGGGGCAAGAGGGGGGAUCUCCGGGGGAUCCGGGUGCUGAAAAACGACCGUGUCAUGGGUGCCCGCCCUGGAGGGCCCUGCCUUGGGAACUGUGAGGAUGACGAGGGGGCCGAGUGGAUAACAUUUCAAGUGAAGCGAGUGAGGAAGCCUAAGGCUGAGAGCCUUGAGGUCUGGAGCAGCACUGACAAUGGCCAGAAGGGGGAGCUGCUGCCUGGGCACUCUGUCCUGGAGAUCAGCGGGCCCACUAUCCCCUCUCCUGGCCCUUCAGCAGGGCGCUGGAGGGACUACACCAGUCUGGGCUGGCCCGGGCCUGAGGAAUGCCAGCGGACACGCAGGGUGGACCUCACCACCGUAGCCAGCACCUGGCUGGCUGUGUCUGCCAAGAACAUUGACAUCACGGAGCACAUCGACUUUGCCACCCCUCUCCAGGAGCCAGCAGCAGAGCCUCUGUGUAAUGCCAACCUGGCCACCAGCAUGCACACCCUAGACCACCUGGCCGGAGUGGCUAACCGUGCUGCCAUCCACUACACCGGCGAGAGCCAGCUCAAAGAGGUGCUGCAGAAUCUGGGAAAAGACAAGUUUCCCCCCCAGUCCUUUGAGCAGGUGGGCACGCGCAUCGCCAAGGUCUUGGAGAAGAACCAGACCUCUUGGGUGCUAUCCAGCAUGGCAGCUCUUUACUGGAGGGUGAAGGGUCAGGGGAAAAGGGCCAUCGACUGUCUGCGCCAGGCCCUUAACUAUGCCCCCCACCAUAUGAAGGACGUGCCUCUGAUCAGUCUGGCCAACAUUUUCCAAAAUGCAAGGCUGUGGGAGGAUGCCCUGACCGUGGCCCGCAUGGCAGUUGAGAUCGCCCCGCACUUUGUCGUGAACCAUUUCACUCUUGCCAAUGUCUACAUUGCCAUGGAGGAGUUUGAGAAGGCCAUGCACUGGUAUGAGUCCACUCUCAAGCUGCAGCCAGAGUUUGCUCCAGCCAAAGACCGUCUAAGAACCAUUCAGUGCUACCUGCUUACCAAGAAAGAGCGUCGCCAGCCCUAAGAUAACUGACCCACGCCAAGGAGUAAUAGCGGCACACACUCAACAGAACCAACAAGUUACACACAACUAGCAGGACAUUUGUCAAAACGUAGUGUUUGAAGUUGGUUGUCUAUUACCAAUCUUAAACAGAAUUUUGGGAUUCCUUUUUGUUGGGAUUCAUUUCUGUAAACUGCAUAGUAAACAAAUAUAAAAUUAGCUUCAGACAGUUGGAAAAAGAACUUUGAAACAUGUCAGACGUUCUGAGCUGUGUGGGGUAAAGCAUGAUCUAUGAACCAAUCCCCAUGUUAUUUAUAAUUAUUUAUGGUUCUUCUCUCUAAG